AUAUUUUGAGAACGGACAGAGAUAAAACAGGAGAGAAACGUGCAACGCAUUGUUGGAGUUUUAUUUCUAGAGAAUCGUGUUUAUGUUUCUCACACUUGUUGUGUUUUAAUGUAAAAAAACAGUUGAUCAGUCGUAUUCGAGCGACGGUGUAGUAAUCUGAAUUAAACCACGAUGAAGAAGAAGAAAGUUCAACACAGUGUUUCUGUGACCAGUGGAGAAUCAUCAGCUGGGCAACAGUCAGCUGACUACACAGUGGGUCAGGUGUCAGGAAGUUUGUCCCAGCAGAACUCUGGGGCCUCAGGAUCACUGUCAGCUUUGUUCAGAACCUCUACACAAGCUGCACCUGUUCUGUUUCAGCCUGCACCCAAGAAGGUAACAACAAAAGAGGACAAGCAAGAGAGGAGCUGCGAAGUGAAAGAAGAACAAAGUCCGAAGAAGAAGAAGAAGAAGCUGCUCAGGACGACGUCAGCCGCUGAUCAGAAGCUGCAGAGCAGGGAGAGCAGUUUACAAAAUGCAGACGAUGAGGAGAGCGGGCAGCAGAGCGCAGCAGCGAAGAGGAAGAGGAGGGACUCGAGGGCGGACAGAGAGAACGAUGUGGAGUAUUGGGUGAUGAGGCGACAACAGCAGAAGACUAGAAAACAAGAGGAGGCUUUUAAAAGCAAGAGGACGGUUUUUGUUGGCAACCUGCCCCUCAGCUGCACUGAGAAGACUUUGCGGCGUCUCUUCAAACAUGAAGGAGCGAUCGAGUCUGUCCGGUUUCGCUCUGUGGUUCGAGAGGAUCCCUGCAUGAGCCGGAAAGUCGCAGUUAUAAAACGCAAAGCUCAUCCCCAGAAGCAAAGCCUGAACGCCUACGUGUUGUUUCAAAGUGAAGACGCUGUUGCCAAAGCUCUGGAGAGGAACGGCUUGGAGAUGGAGCCAGACUUCCACAUCAGGGUGGACAGAGUGGCUGACAGCUGCUCGCACGACCACAAGCGCUCGGUCUUUCUGGGGAACUUGCCGUUUGAGAUCAAGGAGUUGGAGAUCCGAAAGCAUUUUGAAAUGUGUGGACCGGUGGAGGCGGUGCGACUCGUGCGAGACAAGAACUCCGGGCUAGGCAAAGGAUUUGGAUACGUCCUGUUUGAGCACGUCGACUCGGUGCAGCUGGCGCUGGAACUGGACGAUUCGAAGCUACAAGGCCGGUCCAUUCGUGUGAAGAGGUCCGUGAAGAAGGAGAAGCAGGAGAGACGAGCUGGCACAAGGAACCUCAACGAGAACCAGCAGAACCUUCAGAAAACGUCCAGGACAAGAGAAAGAAGCUGGUCCAGGAGGUUGGAAGUCCUCAAAAAGGUUUGGUAGAAACCAGCAGGGGUCAACCAAAAGCCACAGCUCAUUUAAAGGAGAGAUGGUGGAUCCAAAUAAAAAAACAAAAAAGAAAG